AGAUCACAUUUUCCCCAAGAAAACUUUUUCCCCUGCUCCACUUUAUUUUACAUUAUCAAUUUUCAACCUCUCUUCACUGUCAACAUUUAUUUCUUCUACUGGAAUCGCACCCAAAAUUUUGCCAUUCUAGUACUAUGUCCGGGUACAACGGUGUCCGGGGGAUCGUUCCGGAUGGCGCCAAUAACGGAGCGAACCAACCGCCGCUGCGAGGGAGCCGAUACGACAACAUUGGGCGGGCCCGCGUGCAGGACGGAGCCGGGAACAACGACGGCGACGGCAUGAGCCGCAGCGAGCGGCGCGCGCGGCUGUCGCGGAGACGGCAGAACGGGGAGAUGGGCUCCGGGGACACGGGCGGCGUGGUGUCGGACCCGAAUAUGGACAACUCCCAGAACAACAAGGCGCCCAACAUGAACCAAAACCCGAACAUGAUGAUGGGCACCAUACCGGAACAGGGCCAGGCGGUCAACCUGCCGGGGCAGGUCCCGAGUCCCGAGCAGGUGAUGGCGAAGGCGAUGCCGCAGCAGUACAACGUCCCCUACCAGCAAAUGCAAAAUCCCGCCCAGCAGCCGGUCGCGCAGCAGCCCGCCCCGCCGCAGCCCCCGGCUCCGCAGCCACAACCCGUCGUGGCGCCGCCGCCCCCACCCCGGGAACCCACGCCCUACCUCAGGGGAGAAAAUUUAUCGCGCACGCCCGGAUUCAUGAGCAAAAUCCUGAUGGACGAGAUCCGCGUGCACACCAACCGAUCCGUCGUCACCGUGUCCCGCGCGGCGGCGGAGGAUAGCGAAACCAUAUCCUUCACGGGCAUGUUCCGAGACAAAUACAAUACGGUAUUGUCACUCAAGAUUUCUGCUUCUUUUUUGAAAGGACUUAAACUAGUAACGUGUCAUGCGACAGAAGAUGAAGAACAGGAAAAUGAAAACUCGUCUAAUUUUCAAAAGAUUUGUUCCUGUUGCGUUCAGACGAGGGGGCCAGCUCCGCCAGAAUUACUAUGUCGAUAAAUCAAUGGUAUUUCAUGCAUGGACGCGGUCCGACUUCGGAACCAAGGGGAUGCGGUUCCUCGUGUUACCCGAGUAGAAUGCAUGCCCAUGCUAUCCUAGACCGAACGAGAAAAACAACGACGGUGAAGUGGUUCAGGGCCGCGAAGGUCGUUUCAUACAAUGUCGUAAAAGGAACACAGCUAGUACGACCUCUUUGCUAGUGUCGCCGAGACCGCCGUUGCUAAUACGAAUAUCCAGAAAUAGAAAAAAAUCAUCGCAUGACAGGUACUGAGCACGGUAAAUUACGUGGUGACCCUUUCUUGGGCCAACCGAGGUUUUUGUAUCCCGGCCUUAUUCUUCUACUUUAUCAUUGCGGGCCGCUGCGCGCUCGCAGUCCACAUUGAUAGCGAGGGCGGCGACGAAAGCUGGCGGGACGUGCUCCGAACGUGCAAGGAGUGGGGCGAGCGUGGUAGCGAUUACGUGCCAUCCAUGUUGACCUCCAUCUUGCCUAUCUUCCUGGUGGUGUUUUACGUGAAUGCGGCGAUCAAAAGGUGCGUGUUUUCCUGUGAUUUUUCAAAUUUUUUCAUGACAACCAGCUGCAAAAUCGAAAUCGCCUGAGCACAACGAACUACUUCUGGUUCAGCCACCGAGGCAACCGAAGAACUUUUUGGAUAGCUUUCAUUGUUUGUACGAUAAUAAUUCAAUAUGCACAUAAAAACUCGAAGAAAAAAAAGACAAAAAAUGGAAAUUUCGAACCCCGCACAGGUACUACAAAAUGUACGACGCCUGCCGCGAGAUGAGCGACAUUACUGAUCAAGCCGUGGGAAUCGCGCUGAUCGACUUCCGCAAGCACCCGGAAUGCAUCAAGGAAGAGGUGCGUUGCCUGCACCUGGCACGCAUGCUGGUUUUACUGCACACGGCAAGGGAGACGUACCCGGUGAAGACCUUUUUCCUCCCCCUCUGCGAGUGCUUCGGGGACAAGAUGCACGGCAUGCUCACCGAGAAGGAGACCAACAUGAUCCGCCGCGAAGGCUACUCAGAACACUUGGCCCAGUACUUCGUGGUAAAAGCCUUGAACGUCACACACGCCGCAACACACAAGGGCCUCAUCUCGCCACCCGGCUGCGCGGCACGGACCAUGCACUUGAUGAAAAUGAUGUACCGAUAAUGUUUUGCUGCUUGUGUGUAGUCGUUUUCUUUGUAGAUGAUCUUGACCCGUGAUCAUGAUGGAAGCAUGCAAGGGAACAAGUGUAGUUCCAGUGACCAAAUAAUUGUGCCUCAAUGAUGUUGCGGCCCUGCUGCGUUAUAAUUUCGUGGAGCGGACUGAUAGAUUGGUGACUUUUUAUGAAUAGGAAAUUUGAGAAGUUGUAAGUGCCUAAGUACAACAAUGUCUUUAUGGGGCCAACAUCGGACGACUGAAACUACAGGGACUCGUCGCAGAAGAUCAAGUCGCUGACCAGCAUGCAGUACCCGCCCACGUACACGUAUUUGGUCUCCUCCACGGUCGGCAUUUCCUGUAUCCUGGAGAUCGCCUUUGCGGGAACCCGGGUGGGGCUGCAGUGGAACACGAUGAUGUUCUGGGAGUCCUUCCUGAUCACUUUCUCCCUCCUCGUCGCGCAGCAGGUGUGUCUGUUCGGUAUCCUGGGUGUGGCCGGUGAGAUGAUUGACCCCUUCGGUCGCGACAUUCGCGAUUUCCCCAUUCUGCAGGUAAUGAGUGGUUUGUUUUUGGAAAAACAAAGUUGUUUAUUUUACGGAGGACUCUUCAAGCCUAAUGUGCUAGUAUCGACCGGUGAAGGUCCGUUACCGUUUCUUUGCCUUCGUUCGAAGAUGAAUUUGAAAAUUAAUUCCAUAAGAAGUAAAUACGAACUACUUUUUUAUGGCGUUUUUGGUGCAAAGUUGUAAAAGUAUUUUUCUACUAUCGUGAAAAAAUAAAAAACAGAUGUGCGUGGCGCCGCUGCAGCACACGGUGCAGUUGCUGUUCGAGUACAAGGAUCUCCGAGACGACGCGGAAGCCAACAUGUACCAAGAUGAGCUGGGUGUCACGGAAAGCUGGGGCCCGCAAGGUGACCAGGACCUCACAAACAGACACACACGGCACGUGCAGAGGUUCAAGGAGAGCAGUAUGCUCUCCUCCGAAGAACUUGCGAAAGUCGACCCGAAGCAACUCGGCGAGUCCUAUUCUGCGGAGGCUGAGCGCAUUUUGAACACCUUGAAAAUAAUGGCAAGCGAAGGCGAAACCGAUUAAGGGGCCGAUUGAGACGGAGUAUGAAUAUCCGGGUCUUUUUUUCACGCUUGAUUUUUUUUAGGACCACCACAUUAGUUUUUGUAUACACUCUAACACUUUUAGCAAGUUGCGAGACACACUCAAGAUUCACUGUAUGAUUUUUUGAUUUAGCAUUUUUUACGAUUACGAUAUUUUUUCCGUUAUUCUAACUAUUAUACAACAACAAAAAAGUAGUUCGCUUCCUUCAGAACCUACGAUAUUUCUGCUUGAGUAAUUUUUCCACUAGCGUUCUGGACUGGUCUUAUGUAUUUCUAUUUAUCACUUAUUUUGCUUCUUCGCGUUGCUCUUGUUUUUUUGGGAUUUUUUUGCAUAUCUUUUCUUUGUCUUCCGCCCAGCAAGAAUAUAACGGGACGAAUACGUUUGUCCGAGAUUGCAUUUGGAAGCAUGUCAACAUGCAUUCGAGUGAACCUUGUAAGCGCAGAGUGCGCUCGCUGCUGUACUACAUCUGUGCCCGAAGAAGACAUGCGAAAUGAAAAUCGAUGAGCAUUUCCUGUGGGCAUCUGUGUACUAGGACAUAAAGUAAAAUAUAAAUUGCCCUGCCAAGAAGAGUAAUAGUAACGAUCUCCCCCCAACCUUCCGUGAUUUCAAUUUCUGAUUAAACUGCCAAGUCGAGGAACAAGAGUGCACUAAAGCUCGCAACUACAUGCGUUGAGUUGUAGCCGCGACAAGAGAAAACUUGUAGACGUAUUUUCAUAAUCAGGAAGAUCGACGGGCUUCAACAUCAAUAGUUUU